AUGGGCUUCCCACCUUCUCCGCCGUGUUCUCCACAGUCUACUGGAGCAGCAUUACGUGACAUUAUCAGGAAGGAACUGACAUCUCUGAACUCUCCGGCUCACGUCCAGUCACCCUCGUCUCGGCCAAUACGAACCUACGCGCAGGUGGCUGCUGUGCCUCCCAGUGAGACUCUGGGUAAUGACGAAGCCCCGGCGCCAACCACAAGUGAGGAGGUUCCGACACGUGCUCGAGAGCAACUCAUUGUGGCGGUUGUCCUGUUUCUGGUGGUGCUGCUGGCGUGCGCCGUAGCAGUCAUGCUUUUCUUCAGACAUAAGAAGACGGUCGGUUACUGCAUCAAAGACGCCUGCAUCGAGCAUGCCAAGAGACUUUCUGCCACGAUAAACACCAGUUAUGAUCCGUGCGUCGACUUUUACGCGUUCGUUUGCAGUGGUUGGCAAAAACACUUCCCAGAACAAUCUCUUCAAGGCAAAAUGAACGAGGACGCCCGGAUCGGCAUGUUAGAAGAGCUUUCCGCAGAUAUUUGGUUUCAUGGGAGGGCAACUCGACUCUACAACAAGUGCAUGGAUCCGCAACAGAGCGAUAUACUUGCCAACAUUUUAUGGCUCACCGCUUUCAUGAACUCUGUGAAUCUAGAGUGGCCCUUUAGAAAUCCCAACGUUACUAAAGUUCGGCCACUGGAAAUCAUGAUCAAUGUCUCGGCCAACUACGACUUGAAUUUUCUCUUCAGUUUGCAAGUUAUUACCAACUCAAGUACGGGCAAGGUGUUGUUGUUCAAGAGGCACUUCAACGGUGUAGCCUGGCAUGAUCGCAUCCAGAAACCCCUGAGCCCCGUCGACUACGCGAGAAUCGUUAAAGAGCAACUAAAGGCAUUGCAGCUAGUAGAAUAUGUCGACUACGAACCAUCGCUGCUGCAGAAACUGGAGAAGUCGUUCACCGACGCCAACAACCAUAAAACUCAAGGCAACCAGUCAUGGUUCCUCAUCGGCGAUCUCGACACCAAGACAAGCAGCAUUGAGCAUGGCCUUUGGUUGAAAAGCCUCAACAGCGCGUACAGCAGGCAGAGUCUAUUUUGGGUUACAGACAACUUCGCAGUAGCUGAAGACCUCGGCAUUUUGAAAAGCAUUGACACUUUGUUUCGUGAAUACUCAGAAGUAGAGCUAUCGAUCGGAAUCGCCUGGAUGUUCAUCCAGUCUCACGUUUGGGUGGCUAUCGGAAAGGCGGGCUUCAUGUUCCUUGACAAUGUCGAAGAGAAAAAGAAGCUUGCGUGCCUCGAGCACGUGACUGCUCGCUUCGGGCUUCUCCCUUCUCUCGGGCACAUAUUGAAGGCUUACCCAAACGAAGAGGCCCGCCAUGAAGUCACAGACUUCAUAGAAAAUAUCAGAACUCGCUUUAAUACUAUCAUGCAGAAGACCUUUUGGAUAGAUCGCGAGAUACGGGAGACAGCGGUGCGCAAGAUAGAGAACAUAUACCUGAACACCUUGCCUCCAAACCAGUUCUUCGUGGAAAAUUUCAGGAAGACCCUGUACCAGCCUUUUCCUGACACUAACAAGGUGGCGUUCAUGGAGCUCUGGUUGAAUAAUUCGUACGUGUACCAACAGCUGCAGCUAAACAAGCACUUCAACAAUGUCUACAAGAAGCAGCGCACAUAUCGCCAUCAAGCAUACGUGUACACCUAUUUACUGAAUACAGUCGACACAGAUUUAUUAGCGUUCGAACCACCGCUUUUUUACCGCGGAGGAACGUUUGCGAUGAACUAUGCAACCACGGGAACAUUAAUUAUGAGAGAGAUAAUCAAAAGCAUUGACCCGGCGGGCACAUCGAUUGACGACCGUGGCGAGAUCAUUCAUUGGUGGGGCAAAUCCGAAUCGGCCGAGUACAACAGCCGCCUGAACUGUGACCUAGGCCAAGAAGACGGUCAGGCAGCGAUGAGCGUAAUGCCUAUGAUACCGGCACUGGAGGUGUCUUACAAGGCUUUCAAGGCUGCCGCUGAAGAAGAGGCAACCACGGGCGGUGGUGUGGAGGACCUUCGACUUCGGGGACUGGAUGACUUUGUCGAUGAACAAAUAUUCUUUAUGAGUUACUGCUAUGCGCUUUGUGGCAAAAAAGACGAUGCCAGCCUGCGACGAGAAUGCAACGUGCCGCUUCGGCAUUCUUCUUUCUUUGUUGAUGCUUUCCAGUGCCCUGAAGGCUCCCCCAUGAACACGCCGAAGAAGUGUACAUUUUUCGAGUGA